AUGGCUUCCAAGGCAGCUGUUACUUCAACUGCUUUCCUCCUCUUCAACACUCUGCUGAUCUCCCUUAUCCCUUCCUCAUUAGCCACCGGAACUUGCCUUGUGUCGGUUACCGCUUUGGUUUCUGCAUGUGUUAAUUUUGUUUAUUUUAAACCAAGGCCUACUUGUUGCAGUCUCCUUAACGGUUUGGCUCAAGUGGAUGUUGGUGUAUGCCUUUGCAAUCUUCUUGGUCUCAGGAUUCUGAAAAUUGACAUCACUGUGAUAUUAGGCUUAAUUGCCGCUAGCUGCCCGAAUGUUUAUGUUCCCCCUAACUACUCAUGCUAUUGA